AUGGCAGCCGCAGGUAGACUUGAUGACAAUUGCUUGAGAGAAAGAUUGAGCAAAGAGGCUGAAGAAAUUCGUAAAAGAAAGCAAAACAUUGGAAGCGGAGUGUGUAACCUGGUUAUUUUGGAUACAUCAGAAAGCAUGAAUGGAAAAGGUUUUUUCGAGAUGAAGGAAGCUUUUUUAUCUAUAAUUGAAGGUUACGCUGUGCAUCCCAUGUUGAAUGAAGAUGUUGCUGUGAUACAGUUUGGAAAAGAUGUUAAAUAUCUGCAUUAUUUUUCAAACGAUUGUGAUUCUUUGAAGACAGAAUUAGAUGAUGUCUCAUGCUCAGGACCAUCUCCAAUGAUUGAAGGUUUUCUUUUAGCAGUUCCAGCUUUGGAGGGUGGACAAACUACCAUUUGCAUCGGCCCAUUUUGUGUCCGAGUUAGAAUUAUUCUUAUUUCGGAUGGGAAACCAACAAUCUUCAGCGACUCAGAGUCAAAUUCCCUUGAUAAUGAUGAUACAAGAGAUCAAAAUGUGCAACUAUUGGAUCUGACAAGACAAAUUGGAUCUAGAAAUCCUAUAAUCUGUGUACCUGUUGGAAACGAACCCAACAUGUUUGUAGCAAGGGACAUUAUUGGCGAGAUGCCUCUCAGUUCUUGUACAUUCGAUGACGUAAAAACCAAAGUGUUGUCCAGAGGCUUUCAUUGUCAUGUGACAAAUCAUAAUUUGGAAGAUGUAUUGGAGAUAUUAAACAAUAGACGUGCAUAUGAAGCGUAUACCUACGAAAAUGAGGAACAUCUUGAACAAAGUGUUUACAGUGAACGUAAUAAACGUCUCCCAGCACCUGGUACAAGGGUCCACAGGGGACCACGGUGGUGUUGUGGUGAUGAAGACUCCCGUGGUUAUGGCACUAUCAUAGGGCACGAUAAAAGAGAUGAACGGGUGAAUGUUGAAUGGGAUACGGGAAUGCGGUUCUCUUAUGAGUAUGUUAUAGAAAACCAAGAACAGUUUGUAGUCAUUCCUUGUAAUGAACCUCGGAUACUCAAGAGAGAAAGCAUAGCGGUCGGAUGUGUUGUUAAAAGAGGACCAGACUGGAAAUGGGAAAACGAUGAUGGCGGUGAAGGUAGUUUGGGAACUGUUUACAGAGUCAAAGAAGAUGAGAUCUACGUACGCUGGUCCAAUGGAAACAAAAAUAAGUGCAGAUUUGGUUAUGAUGACAAAUUUGACAUUAUUGUCUGCAACCCCUUCGACGAAAGCACAAUGACCUAUUUAAGAAAAUGUAAAUCUGCUUUGGAAUAUGCUGUCGACAGUGUCACUGAUGUCAAUAGCAGUACAAGAAGUGAAAGUCCUACACAGAAAGAGAAAAAAGUUGAGACAGAAUCUGAACAGGCCAUUGAACGAAAAACUUCUGGAAUAAAUAAUGUCGAUAAGACGAUGGAGAACGUGUCUUCCACAGGAAGUAAGCAGGAAUACGAUGCAGAAGUUUUAUGGCAGUGGCAAAAUGAGCAAGGAGAGUGGAAUACGUUUCCGAAGUUGGAAAAUGAGAAAAUUAAAAGAGAGUUUGCUAAGAAUUAUAGAUCCACUAUUCUACUGGGAAAUGAUGAAAAUAUGUAA